CCAACAAAAUGCUAACACAAAGAGUGGCCCAAACAAGGAGAGCAAAAGAAGGAGGAGGAAGAAAUGUAAGCCAACCACCAACGAGCACCAACGCGCUUAAAAAAUGUUCACGUACGAACACAGCACGUGAUGUCUUCGCACGCAAAGGAAAGAGGGAGAUCAAGAGAUGGAGAGAGAGAGAAAUAGCAAGCGAGAGAGAGAAAGAGAGAGAGAGGGAGGGAGAGAGAGAGAGAGAGAGAGAGAGAGAGAGAGAGAGAGAGAGAGAGAGAGAGAGAGAGAGAGAGAGAGAGGGAGUCAAAGAAAGUGAGAGAGAGCAAGAGCGAGGGAGAGAGAGAGAGAGAGAGAGAGAGAGAGAGAGAGAGAGAGAGAGAGAGAGAGAGAGAAAGAGGGAGAGAGUGAGGGAGAGAGGGGGAGAGAGAGAUAGAAAGAGGGAGGAGAGAGAGAGAGAGAGAGAGAGAGAGAGAGAGAGAGAGAGAGAGAGAGAGAGAGAGAGAGAGAGUGACAGAGAAAGAGAAGGCGGAUAGAGAGACGAGUACCCCUUGCA